UUCCUCACGUAAGAGGUAAUCCUUUGUUUUUAAUUCAUUUUACCGUGCAAGUCAGUUUUAUCAUUUUGCCUCGAGCCGAUGUUCUUCCCCCACCACCACGACGAAGAUCAGUUGACGUGCGUCGAAAUGCACUUUAUUGUAAAUUUGCACUUUAAAAGUUUCCAGCUUUGACUUGUGGAGUAGCAGCACGGAGUGCAGGAACAAGCACGUGUAUUAAAACGCAGAAGAAGUUAUUCGGCUCAUUUGCUUCUUAACCUUACCAGAUUGACCUCAAUGAAGUCCUCACUACCUGCACCAAGACGCAGUGCUUCAGCUGGUGAUGUUUCCAGGACUCUGACUGCUGCUAAAGAGAACUUCAAGAAGGGUGCACAAGCUAGGCCCCCACUGCAGAGCAGAAAAAAUGUACUUCACAACUGGCCAGAGAGACCUCUGAAUAGACCGCGUAAAAGCACAAUUGAUACCAAUAACUUGAAGCCUUUAGAGAAUCAAUUGCCAAGGUCAAGUGUUUCAACAGUUAAAAACAGAAGGUUCACCACUGGCUCCUUCAAUCCGAAUUCAAUCCGGAAGUUAGAUAGGAAGAUGGAACCCAAGUUCAAAAAGGCCGCGCAAACAGAAGGAAGCCCACUCAAUUCAACAUUUUGCCUCCCGUGUUCUGAUGGCAAACUGGCAAGGACCAAGAGUUCAGAUGUGGUUGUGGUGCAGAACUGCUUGCCCGGUACUGAUGCCACUUGCAGUGUACCUGAAGCCAAGUUGGUGCCCUUGGCCAACUUACCGCUUACUCCAGUAGAACCUGGUGACUUUACAGGUUUAUUAACCACCCCUAUCAUGCAGGAGUGUUUGGAGAUAGCUGCUCAGUUAAGUGAUGAAGGCAAAACUUGCCCUGUUAAUGCACUAAGUCAAUGUCCCAUGAGCAAUGUUUCUGUAAUAACUGAAGAGCCCUUGCCACUGGACUGCUCAUCUUCCUUCUACUCAGACAUCUCCCUAGCAAAAUCCCCACAUGUUGGCUGUACUCUGGAGUUGCCCGGAGACAGUUUAAUGGACACCAGUUGUCAACAAAUCUACACAGAAGUAAAAUGCUUUGAGCUGCCCUCAAGUGACACGUUAGAAAAUGAACACUCUGACUGUGACUCUGAGACUGUGUCAUUUUCAGGAAACUUGAUUCAGCUUGAUACUGAGGUGCAGAGUGACCCCAAGGAUCUUGUGGGCUUUGUUCCUUGUGCGCCAGAGGCGGAAGGUCAUUCCAAAAAUGUGAACCAGUCACCCGCCAUAAACAACUGCUGUCCUUCUGUGGGUGUAAAAGAUUUAAUGAUAUUAGAUGUCACCAUGGUGCAAAAUGAUACUCCAGGUACGCCAUCAAAGAAUGAAUUCCCUGAUAAAAGUGCCAAACAAACAAAGCCCUCAUCAACCUCAAAGUUGCCUCUGUCUAUGGCAGACUUGCUGUUGUGUGAAGGGUCCAUGUUAAGUGAUGAAAUUCUGGUCGUUCCUCAACAGGAUGUGUGCCUUGGGAAUGAGCCAGCUAAACUGACUAAUUUUGCGCAAAGUCUCGCUCCAGGAAACUUGAUCCAAUUGAACGAAACCAUGACAUUGAAAGGUAAUAGAACAUUUGAUGCGUCAAAGCCUGAACGCAGUUUUGGGAAUGACUCCAACAGGCUUCCAUCGACAGGAAAUAAAGUGCAAUUAAAUGAUACUAUGACAAUGGACCGUAAAAAUACAACCUUUGAAGCAUUGAAGUAUGAAUGCAAUUUGGGAAGUGACCCCAAGGUCACUGACAUGUCACUUCCAAUUAUAGGUGAUAAAGUGCAAUUAAAUGAUACCAUGACAAUGGACCACAAAAAUACAACCUUUGAAGCAUUGAAGUAUGAAUGCAAUUUGGGAAGUAACUCCAAUGAGGCUGCUGGCAUCUUACCUCCAACUAUAGACGAUCAAAUGCAAUUAAUUAAUAGCAUGAAUGUAGACCAAAGAAAUGCAACCUUUGAAGAACUGAAGUAUGGAGACUGCUUUGGGGGUGAUGUUAGCAAAGUGACUACCUCGUCAUUCUGCAAGUUCACAAGUGAGGCAGUGCAGCAAAAUGGAACUGUGUCUGACCUCAAAGAUGCAAGGUUUGAGCCAACAGAAGUUGGUAACAGCUUGAAAAUGGUAGAAGACGGCAGAACUAAAGAGCUGCCCGGUUGUGAGCCACAUCUGCCUUCAGGAGGCUUAAAUGAUCUUGAACAACGCAAUUCCAAAAGCCUUAAACUUGUGAGAAAACAUGAAGGCAGUUCAUUAAUGUCUGUCUCAGGACAGCAGGGAAUAAAGCAAAAUGGUGAGAGUAGUCACUCAAAGGAUUCAAAUGCCACUCGAAAUUUUGGAAAAGAUAAUUCCAAAUGUUCUGCCAGAAGUGAACUACAUCAAGACAAUGAUGGCAACAUCAGUUCUGCAGAACUUGAGAAAGGUCCUCCUGACUUGAUAAAAAGUAUACAUUUAAGAGAUUCUAUGCAAAACGAAGAACUUAAUGUUGGUGAAAAUGCUGAUUUAGUUCACGACGCAGUGAGUUCAGAAUGGGCUCCGCACUUCAUGUCUACUCCAAAUGUUGCUAUGAGAGUGAGUUUUCUGGAGUAUCUGCCAUUUGAUCAUUCCUUCCAGAGCUCUUCCUCCACUCUUCAGGAUGAUGCUCACAGUGCACUAGCUGAUUAUCCCGAAAAACAAGUUCCCAAAGCUGACUUGAGCUCUGGAUCUAUCAAAAGUGACACCAAGUGCACCAGUGGAAGGGUUGCAAAUGCACCAAGAAUUGAGCAGAAAGCCAAAGUGUUAAUGACAAGCUCCUCGAAACCUGCUUCCUCUCUUCCUGCAGCCAGAAGGAAAGCUGUCAAUCUGGCAGCUGUGUCUCAGGAAGAUAAAUGCAGUGCUGAAAAGAAGUCUAUACCUUUGCCUAGAAGAACCACUAGGCUGAGUUCUUCCUCGAUGGGAAGAGGAGGAAAGCCUCCAAUACAACCAUCUACUCUUUCCAAGAUGUGCCUUCCAAAGCCUCGCCAAAUCCUAGGGAGACCAAGCAGUGUAGGAACUGGGCAAAGUGAAGCCAGUAAUCAACUUCCAUCUGUCCGGACUGGUGUUGAUACCAAAAUGCUCGCUAAAGCAGAAUCUCAAGUUACCUCAAGGAUACCUGGGAUAAAAAGAUCUCCACGGGCAGCCUCAAAGGAUCCUGCCCAGGAGCUUAAAAAAUCAGACUCCAAACCAGUUCAGCUCUUCACUAUGGGUGUAUAUGAUCCUCCAAGGAGCAACAGAAGUGCCCACAAACCACCUGUUCUGGCAUCCAAAAAUAUUGUAACAGGCAUGAAGCGUCCGGGCAGUGUGGUGGGGCAGAAAAGGCAGUGCCCAUCCCCAAAGAGACCCAAGGCCGUUGGAGAGGUGACUGCCAAGGUGUCUAAGAAAGGUGCAACAAAGUUAUUACCGCCGACAGAAUCAAAACAGAAGGAAGUAAAGGGAGUGGAGAAACCAGCCUUUGAAUCAAAAGUCAAUAUGAAUAAAAGUUCCAUCAUGGAAUCUGAAUCCAGCCAGCCACAAGACAUGGCAAAACUGCAGAGGAAAAUCAAGGAGCUAGAGGAGAAGAUUAUUGCACUGGAAUUGGAAAAUGCUGCACUUCGUCAGAAGAAGGGUCUCAGCAAAGACCUUGAAGAACAUUGUCAUGUUUAGUUUCACAAUGCUGCUUCUAUACCCACAACUCCUUUCCCAUAUUUAUGUACCAAUUACAUGACAUGUAGGAGUAUUUGCUUGAUGUUUGAACUGUUGCCAGUGUGAGCCAGUUUGUAGUGUUGCUUAAUGACUGCAGGUAUUUUUGAGAGUGCAAAUCUGUUCAGUCACAAAUUCUGAAUCUCACUUAAAGACUGAAAUUUUGAUUACAGUUGAAACCCUUUUCCCAAAGAAUCAUGAAGCAAGACACUAAAUUUUAAUAUAAUACUUGAUUAAGUGAUAUAGAUGAGGGCUUUUAAAACCUGAUAUAAAGAAAACAAGACAUUAAUCAAUGUCUUAAUUUAGCUUUAACUGUAAUGUGCCCUGUGGUUGUCAGAAUUAUUGACCAGCUGCAGCUUGUCAGUGAACUUUCACCCCAAGUGACUGGUUCUCCAAUCUUGCACUGUUGGCUAGUAUUAAAAGCAAAUGGAUUGCCUUAAUAUGAUGUCUGUCUUUGUCUGUGGUAAUUAUGUAUGUGAUUGUUCAUCUGUGUGCUGUUGAAGUCAGAUUAUUACAAUUUGCAAGUGCUUUUAUUUAACCUCGAAGUUUAAGUCUGACUUUUAAGUGUACAUGUACAUGCCUGAUAGUUUUAUAAAAGCGCUAAACAAAUAAAAGUAUAUGA